AGAGAAAAAAUAUGCUCAGUCUGGGGAGAAAUCCAAGAGACUCAAUAAUAUGAAAUAUAUCUUCUCAUGCCCAGAACAACACUCAUUCUCCUAUCCAUGAUAUAUUUUCAAACAUUUCUUACCAACUCAAUCGUUGUCUCAAUAUAACUGGGAAGUGAUACUUUCCCUUUGUUCUCUCUUUUUUUGAGUUUCCUUCUCGCAAUGCUGAAUUAUUGUCUGUGGAAUUUAGAAGAGAAGAGAAGAAGACUUGGCAGGAAAGUGAGAACAGAGAACAGAGAACACCCUCCCUAAUAGAAUUUUCUUCCUCUUAUCUCUUAAGUUGGUCUGCUGCUUUCGGCCCUUUUUGUCUCUCUCUGCUAUCUAAUAUACUGCAGUGUAAUGUAAUUGCCGUCUAUAUGCGCCACAGUGCCAGCCAGCCAGCCCUUUGGACCAUUUUUAUGCCUUUCUGAAAUGGCAAACAGUAGUCUAAAACUUCCCUGUCGCGCCAUUUGCUAACCAACCGACGCUUCUCCCUGCCUAGCUUUUGGGGAAGUCAGACUCAGAGUCACCACCCCACCCGCCAGCUUCAUCUACCUAGCUGUCUACCAUAGAGUGAGCCAGUGGAGUGAGUAAGACAUGGUGUUAAAAGCGACGAGCCAUUGCUGACUUUUGUGCUCCAACGACAAUUGAUCAAAAGUUCGACGCUCAACUAUAUACAACGACACGCGAAUAAACGUUUGAUUUAGUGAUGUUAUCACUAAUUUGAACUUCGAAGCCUCAUAUUCGAAUCUCUUAAAUAACAGUACUUAACUGCAAACUUAUAUCACUCUAAUAAAAAUAAAAAAAACUUACAUAAGACGAGGUAAUAACCUGCAUUGACCCCGUUGACGCAUAAAAUUGCAGCAGGUGACCUCCAAGUUUUGUCUCGCUCCGCCAUCACAAAAUGUGGUCUGUGGUGAGCAUAGUUAGUAACAUACGGUGCGGGAUAGUUGCGUAUAAAGUACAUAUGGGUAGUUUACUUCGUCUCUAAGCGAAUGUUGCGUUUCAUAGUACGUUACUACUCAUAAAUAUAUAUUAAUUAUUAUAAAAAUAAAAAAUAAAUAAACAAUAGUACAUCUAACAAUUUAAUUCAUUAAAUACGGAUAUUAAAGGUUUUAUACGUGUUUAGUACGAGAGCAAUCAAAUGAACGGAAAAAAAAUGAAACGAUUUGAUAAUAAUAUGAAUACAAAAAUUUUAAAUAAAUAAAAUACGUACAGGUAAAUAUACAUGUAUUAAUAUAAAAACCUGGAUUGGAAAUAAAAUUAGCCCUAGCCUUAGACUGGUACGGGCUUGGGCUUAAAUGAGACUAAAAGGAUACUUGGGCCUUUGGGCCUGUACAAAUAACCAUAUUUAAGCAGAAUUUGAGAGAGGCCCAUAUAUUUCAUUGACCCAUAACACUUCAAAAUAUCCCAUUAUCCAAACCAUAAAAAUACCUCAUUUUUCUUCGUUAAAGAUAGCAUUUCACGUUUUUGCCGCCGUCUGCUUCUAUUAUCUCCACUCUAAGCUCCCCGGCUCCCGUCAAUGGCUGCCGGUCUGUCUGCAGCGAUGGACGUCUGCUUCAGUACAAUUCCCCAAUCCGACCCCACUCGAACCACCUUCUUCUUCUCUUCCUCCCCAAUCAAGAAGCAAUCGUGUUUCACUUUCCCCACAACCCGAACUAGAUUCCUCCGCCGCCCCAUUUCCUCCACCUCCGCCGCUGCCACCGCCGAUGAAGAAUCCCCUCGUAACCUCUCGAAACCAAAGAAGAAUGGCCCGUCUCUCUCCGACCAGCUCAAGCCGCUCUCCGCCGCCACACUCUCAGCCGCACCCGACCGUCGCCUCCAGUCAUCCAACUCGAAAUCCACAUGGGUCAACCCGGCCAGGCCCAAGAGGUCAGUCCUCUCCCUCCACCGCCACAAGAGAUCUGCCUACGCCCACAACCCCAAGGUGAAAGAGCUCCGGCUCUUUGCCCAGAAGCUGAGCGAGUCGGCCCCGUCGGAAGCCGAAUUCGCCGCCGCAAUCGCGCAGCUGCCUCACCCGCCCACCAGAGAAAACUCGCUCCUAAUCCUCAACAGCUUGAAAUCAUGGCAGCAGAGCUACAUGUUCUUCCAGUGGCUGAAAACCCUAGAGGACUCCUUCCCUCUCGAGACCAUCUUCUACAAUGUGGCAAUGAAGUCCCUGCGAUUCGGCAAGCAGUUUGAAUUGAUCGAGCAGCUGGCUAAUGAAAUGGUGAGCAAUGAAAUCCCUCUUGAUAACAUCACUUACUCUACAAUCAUAACUUGUGCCAAGAGAUGCAAUCGAUUCGAUAAGGCGCUGGAAUGGUUCGAGAGAAUGUACAGGACAGGGUUGAUGCCUGAUGAAGUGACUUACUCGGCUGUGCUAGACGUGUAUGCCAAGUUGGGGAAAGUUGAGGAAGUUCUGAGCUUGUACGAGAGAGGAGUAGCUAGCGGAUGGAAGCCCGAUUCGAUCACGUUUUCGGUGCUUGCCAAGAUGUUUGGGGAAGCAGGUGAUUACGAUGGGAUUCGGUAUGUUCUUCAGGAGAUGAAAGCUCUAGGUGUGCAGCCUAACAUGGUAGUGUACAACACCCUUUUGGAAGCAAUGGGGAAGGCUGGUAAACCGGGUUUGGCGCGCAGCCUGUUCGAGGAAAUGAUCGGUUUGGGAUUAACCCCGGAUGAGAAGACACUAACCGCAAUGAUCAAGGUCUACGGCAAGGCUCGAUGGGCUAAAGAUGCAAUGGAGCUGUGGGACAGAAUGAGGGAGAAUGGCUGGCCGAUGGACUUUAUCUUGUACAACACGUUGCUGAGCAUGUGUGCUGACCUGGCAUUGGUGGAGGAGGCCGAAAAACUGUUCGAGGAUAUGAAGAGCUCGAAGGUCUGCAAGCCGGACAGCUGGACUUAUACUGCGAUGAUGAAUAUAUAUGGCAGCGGAGGAAAUGCUGAGAAAGCUAUGGAGUUGUUCGAUGAGAUGUCGAGUUUGGGUGUUGCGCUCAAUGUCAUGGGAUCCACUUGCUUGAUUCAAUGCUUAGGGAAAAGUCAAAAGAUCGAUGAUCUCGUUAGAGUGUUUGAUGUUGUGAUUGGACAGGGGAUUAAGCCCGACGAUCGGCUAUCUGGAUGCUUGCUCUCAAUUGUAGCUAUGUGCGAAAGCAAUGAUGACACUGCCAAGGUUGUUGAUUGUCUAAGAUUAGCUAACCCGAAACUGGUGGGGUUUCUGAACUCCAUUCAGGAUGAGACGACCCGGUUUGAGGAUGUUAAGGAUGAGUUUAAGGUGUUGAUGAGCAGCACUUCAGUUGAGUCAAGGAGGCCGUUCUGCAACUGCUUGAUUGAUGUAUGUCGGAACAGGGAACUUCAUACAAGAGCUCACGAGCUGCUCUAUCUUGGUACACUAUUCGGGUUGUACCCGGAUUUACAUAACGUGACCCAGGAGGAAUGGAGCCUCGACGUCAGGUCCCUGUCGGUUGGAGCAGCAUGUACUGCGCUGGAGGAGUGGAUAGGGACGCUGGCAAAGUUCGUGAGCAAGAACGAGGAGCUGCCGGAGCUGUUCUCAGCUCAGACGGGGGCUGGCACCCACAAGUUUGCUCAAGGGAUGGCGAGCUCGUUCGGAGCUCAUGUGGAGAGGAUGAGCGCGCCGUUCAGGCAGUGUGAGGAGAGAGGAGCUGGGUGCUUCGUGGCUAGCCGGGAGGAUCUGGUGGCGUGGCUCGAGUCAAGGGCAUCAGCUCCUUCUGCAGCUGCUGUCACUGCUUGAAGUUUCUGUAUCUUGAACAUUUGACCUCUCGAUGAUAUGGUCUUGUUUUUGUAAUGUUAUUAUUGUUACUCGAAUGAGUUUCGAGGAAUUUUGCUGCAGCCUCUACCGAAUCCGUAGGAGGUUCGGAUUUGGUUCUCUCUUGAAUCUUGAUUUUCCUACUCAACCCCUUUAUUUUCAUGUUCGAUGUCACGCCAAAGCACCAAAAUGUAAACAAUUCUAUCAAUGUGCAUGAUGAAAACCUAGCUGCAAAGUCAGAGCUCAACUUGACCGUCGAUCGCCAUAUUACAAUUAGGCUAACCCUUAAACCGAUUCUGGCGAAGCAUGCACCAAAAAUGGAGAUGGCAAGAUGGAAAGCCAUAGAGAGCUCAAACUUUACCUGCAAAUAUGCUCCAAAAGUCAUCUCUAUACCAGCCCACCAUUUCGAAUUACAGACAAAUUUUUGACCUUCUGAACAACACCUUCCCAUAUUUCAAACCAAAAGGCAAAAGAAAAGUCUCCCCCCUAACCUAUAAAGAUAGCUAAAAGAAACAAGAAUGGACUUGACAAAAACCAAACAAAACUUUUUUUUUUUUUCUCCACCUCCCCCUUCUCCAAACUCUCCCCCAUCAAUCACAAGAUUCCCUCGUCUCUUUUGGUGUUUUCACCCCUUUUCCUUUCUUCAACCAACGGCUAACAUAUCAUUUUGGAUUUUGGCCCCCAAACCUAUUUAACUGUACAUCACCACCUCCCCCAAAAGUAAGAGUUCUCUGUGCCCAUGAUAGAUGGACGACCUCGACCUCUUGUUGUAAUCUGUUACUCGGACAGCUGAGAAUCGAAAAAAUGUUCACUUCGAUCUUCAACCAAGUCUGUAUGCACAAGGCUGAUGCUGGUUUUGAGCUGCGACUGUUAAAGGUACUUUCCCGAUGAUUUCCAGAUUCGUCCUUCGAGGGAUACCACCAUGACUGUAACGUCGUCAUGGUAUUUCCGUCGAUCUCCUUGUGGGAUGUCCAGUAGCUCGUGAAAAUCCAUCCCUACAGAUGCAUGCAGAUCAACUUAACUAAUCAGAACAACAAACUGAAAACAAGAACUUGGGAAAUGAUAUCAAACAAACCUUAAGAUUCUUAAACAAUAGAGUUAUGCAGAAAAUGACCGCCAAAUGCUGACAAAGUAAUCAUGGUUGACAAAGCUAAGCAAGGAUAGUGGAUGACAGAAAUACCAACAGCAAAUCAGUUCACUAUUUGUCUCAGAUAAAGAUACUCUCAGAGACUUUGCUACACGCAUUCUGUACGAUCUUCACUAACACAUUAGAAAGAAACUGGCAAUCAACUAUUACUCUUCUGAGGGUAUCAUAAGUUCUCCAACGAAAGCAGGCCACAAUAGCACUAGUAUGAUGGCAUUUUGACAAGUAGCAACCAUAAGCCACUGCCAGUUUGGAACUUAUUUCUAAUUAGACUGGAUUGUUGCUUGCUAGCGCCCAGCAGGCUAUCCUACAACAUCCUCGAGAUGUAUCAACGACCUUUCAUGAACAUGCUUAGAGAGAGAGAGAGAGACAACAACUUACCCGCUUUCUUGGCUGCACGGGAAAGAAGUUCCUCUAUCAAACUCUGUGCAGGAUCUCCCUCUGGAAACUUCUCCAUGAAAUUUUCAACAAUAGAAACCACUUCCUGAUUUGUGAGAUACUGAUAUAGGCCAUCUGAUGAUAGAACCAAGAACUGGUCUCUUGGACAGAGAUGAUGGUGACGAAGAGAAGGGAUGCAGGAUAUAUAAGGUGCAGUGCCUAUAUACUCAUUCCGAAACAUUUCCAACAAUGGAGCAUUCAGCUUUGGCUGCCAAAAUAAGAAAAAACAUCUGUUAUUAUAGUGUAUAAAUCCAUUAUGUCCUA